GCUACUAGUAAGUGACUGAUAACAUUAUAGACUGGAUUGGUCCCUGAGUUCAGAGACUGAGUGACAUAUAAACAACGAAAUCUUGAAGAUUUGCACGGAGGUGCAAACCAAAGCUAACCUUCUCCAAAUAAUGUUGGUUGGAUUGAGAAAUUGCUAAACCAAACCUGUAAUAGGACUGAUCAUUUGGGUGUCUCUCUUUGUCAUUGUUGUCUCUUUCUGUUACAUUACUCUCUGUGUUGUCUGUCUAAGCCCAGAUGUUUGCAGAUAAUUCACAUUGCCCUGACUGUGGACAACAGUGGUUCCCUAGUUUAGAACUAGGCCAUUGGUUGUACCAAACUGAACUUGUUGAAAAUGAAUGUUACCAAGUAUUCUUAGACCGUAUUAAUAGGGCUGAUUAUUGCCCUGAAUGUUAUCCUGACAAUCCUGCUAACAGAAGCCUUGUUCUUCCAUGGUCUUUCCCACUUGAAUGGGCACCCCAAAAUCUCACCCGGUGGACUUUUGAAAAAGCCUGCCACCCAUUUCUUCUGGGUCCUCCACUUGUUAGAAAAAGGAUACAUGACUCUAGAGUAGCUGGUUUUAACCCUGCAUUGCAGUUAAUCUUGACCAGAACAGACAAAACCUUAAACAAAAAGCUUGGCCAAAACAAGUAACUCUUAAAACAGACAAAAUCAUGGCGACUCUAGAGUGUUUUGUACUAGUAGCUCAAGGAAGAUGGAAAAAUGAUUGUUUUCUAAACCUGAUUCAGACUGUCGCUACUUUGGGAAACUGCCUAAAUUGUUGAAUUGGUUUCUGGGCCUACGCAUAUUUUGUUCAACAGUAUUCUAGCCAAACUGUUCAUCUGAACCAUAUUAAUCUAUGUUCCCUAUGUUUUUGAAUUAGUUUAUCCUUCCUAAAAAGCUCACAGCCUAAUUAUGACACGAUAAGAUAAUCACGGAGAAGAAGGCCCAUAUUAGGUGCUCUGUAAUGCUAUUUCUAGCUGGAUUCUAGAUUUGUCUAGUAAAACAACUAGACAUUUUAUUAAGAAAUUGCAUCAUUACAAAUUCUUAUGCAUUGGACAGUGAUAAUGGUAUAUGUAGUUUAUCUGUAUGUAACCACUUACUUAUCACUGACUCUGACCCAUCUUUAGUGUGGCAGUGACAUCAUUGGUAUCUGAAACUGUCAGAGAAAUCACAUUUUAUUAGGCAUUAUCUACAUAGGUUACACAGAAAUAUGCAGAGAAGCUGCUGCCUACACUUAGUUGGCUUUCCAUAAGCAAAGACAACCCAGUCUUUGUGGUGGCUAAACUUAGAAUAUCCUUCCCUGAAAAUUGGAAAGUACUGUACAGUGAGAUCAAUGACAAAAAGCCGUUAGCAAGCUUGACUGUAUAUAUUAGAAACAAAUAAGGGCGGCAUUCUCUCCUAAAACUGGACAGAAGGUCGUGCUAGACAUCUCCCACAUUUUGGCCGUCAUAUGCUUGUAAGAAUCAUGGAACCAGAGUUUGGGUUACAAAACUUAAGGAAAAACUGUUGAAAACAUCCCAGAGGCCACUAAACAAUUUUAAAAUUCCACUUAAGAUGCUAGAUAACCUAGUGCUUACAUAGCAACUCAACAAUGUUUUCGAGAUCCCAGGUUUUUUCUAUUCCCUGCUAGGAUCCUUAUCAUGUUGACUGUUUCCGCAACAAGUAGCGUGACUUGUUGUCAUUUCAGACAUUUGAAUCCCAAUCAAAGGCUAGAAGUAUGAAGCAAAAGUUAUCUCCCUUUUAGUCUCUUUUUUUUUGGGGGGGGGGAGAAAAUUGUUCUCAAAAGUCCCUCACUAUUUUCUUCUUACAUGGGUUUACAGAGGAGUCCGGGAAGCCUAGCCAAGGGGCAGAGGGUUGGCAUUGUCUGGAGGGUUGGCACAAUGCUUCCCCUGGUAAAUCGGGGCUCUUUUAGGAAGGAAGAAGUGAGGAAUGAAUGGCUGUUGGUAUUCAACAAGUCAUGGCUGCCUAAUAUUGUAAAACCUAAAGUUACUUGUUAGUCUAUGUAAAGAAUGUACCCCAGAAAUCUACCCUGUAUCUGCCUUAUGUCUGUCAUGAUGGAAAUUCUCUUCUGUUAAAUUGCUGAAUAAACUGUGUGGACUGCUAAAUUGAGUGAAGACUAGUUAGUUUAUGCUUACUCCUUGGUUAAGAACUCCUUCAAGUUCAUAUAAAUGAAAAUUUACUUGGAGGUAUUGCUUUUGGGGAUGGUGUUAAUGAGCAGUAUUAUUGUCCCCCGAAUAAUCAGAAACAUGUGGGUCCUUAUCACACUUUAGACCCAUUUAUAAUCAUAAUUAUGGUGGAUGUAAUUGUUGUAUGAUUUACUAUAUCACCCAACACUUAGCACAACACUCUUAAAGCAAUUUGAGAAAAAAUUGAAGGGUAUGUCAGAUUCACCCAGGUCACAUGUGCUAGCGUCAUAGUUCAAACUGAGACUCUGCUUUGUGCAUGAUGUUGACUCUAAGCUUUUUUAGUGUCAUGGUUUAAAGGUUCAGUCCUUCAACCAGACAACCUGAGUUCAGAUCCUGACUCUGCUCUUAACAUUUGUGUGUUCUUAGGUAAGGUUCUUACUGUCUCUGUAUCUCAGUUUCCUUAUCUGUAAAGUAAUGUGACUAUACAUACAUCACACAUUGUUAUGGAAUAUCCAUCCAUCACGAGGUGGUUGUGAAAAUUAAAAGAGCUAAUACAAAGUGCUUUGAAUGCUGCCUGGAACAAAGAAGACAUUCUAUAAAUGUCAGAUAUUGUAUAUGUUUUAUAUGUUAUUUGUCUCCAUAGGAUUAUAAAUUGUUUGAGGGCUAAAAUACCUGUGUCUUUUAAUCCCUAGAGCCUAAAAUUGCAUCGUCUCUAAAGUAAGUGUUAAAAAAUUUACAAAAGAUACAUAUUUACUGAACACAUUUGUCAUCAUGGCAUUUACACUUAAUCUUGGGUCCUGAGUUGAUUCUCUUUUGACCUUCAUAAUUACUAAACUUCUAAUUUCCCUCACCUUUACUUUUUUUAAAGUUUGUAUAUUAAUGUUACCAAUUACCAGAGCUUCCUGAUAUCUCUUUCCUAGGUCUCCCCCAGGUCACCAUCUCCUAGUAUCCCUCCUCAUCCCUGGUGCUCACAGCAGGAGGUUUUCAGGACAGGGAGGUUGUAUGAGGUCCUCCUGCUCUCUGAGCUAUAAUUUUGUUCCCACAGGCAGCUUUUUCUUGUUCCCUCUCCUUUUUUUUUUUUUUUUUUUUUAAGAUUUAUUUAUUUAUGCAUACAAGAACUGGGGUACAGGCCAGAGGUGUUGAGGGGGUGAGAGGAUUCACCAGAGACAGAGUGGGGAACAGAACAGGCAGAUCGACUGAAAUACACUGCUGAGGGGAGCAGCGGGAAAGACAGGAGAGGUCUGCUGCACCAUGUGGGUAUCUCCCUGGCUGGGGAUCGAACUCGUGCUGCAGUGGAUGCGGAUCCUUCAUUAGUUGUGUCUUAAUCCCUUGCGCCACCAGGGAGGCCCUGUUCUGUCUCCUUUCAACUAGUUGUAACAAAAUGUAGGGGAGGCUGUGCUUGUAGUGUGCCUCUAAAACAAGUUCAUUGUGGGGUUUAAAGAGUUGCCAUUAUAGAUAGGCCUUUUCUUUUGAGGCUUGCUUUUCUCUGCGGAAGCUAAUUUACUUUAUUAUUCAUAUUUA